AUGGACACAGAUACUUCUGAAACGGUAGAUACAGAUGGUUCAAUAGUUAGUAUUCAUGUUCGUAACUUUUUUUGUCACGAUAAUUUGGAAGUUAAUUUGAACAAAAACGUUAAUUUUAUUGUGGGUCGUAAUGGGAGUGGCAAAAGUGCGAUCUUAACUGCCUUAGUGGUGGGCUUGGGUGGAAGAGCGUCCGAUACAAACCGUGGGAGCAAUCUCCGCUCAUUUAUUAAGAAGGGUGCAAACUCAGCCACAAUUGAGAUUAAAAUAAAGAACAACAGUCCGCAAGCAUACAAACACCACAUCUAUGGUGACUACAUCACUAUUGUGAGACAUAUCAAUGCUUCGGGUGGUUCCAGUUAUAAGAUUAAGUCAGCUUCUGGUGAAAUAAUUUCAACGAAAUAUGACGAUGUGAAUGCAAUAACUCUUGCCCAUGACAUACAAGUAGACAACCCAAUAUCUGUUCUAAACCAGGAUGAUGCAAGAAGUUUCCAUGCAUCGGAUGCGAAGAAAAAAUUUGCAUUAUUUCGUAAAGCCACUAAUCUUGAAAUUACAGAAAAUAAUUAUAAAAUAGCUUUGGGAAACUGUAACAGGGCUAAAGCAGUGUCGAAGAGAAAACUUGAAGCAUGUGCGGAAUUAGAAGAAGAGUACAAGAAGAGACAGGCUCAGUUGGAUCAGUGGAAAUCCCGAGAAGAGAUCACAGCACUGUCAAAAACUCUCCAGAACGAAUUUUACUGGAGCGAAGUAGUAGAGUUAGAAAGAGAAGCAAGAAAGAUACAGGAACAGUGUGACAAACAGAAGGCCAAGAUGGACGAACUGAGGGAGAAACUCAAUAGUAUGGAACAGAACUAUGGCAGUAACACUAGUGCUAUAGAUGAGCUGAAAAAUCUUCUGAACGAAAAAUCUGCAGAGAAAGCUACGCUUGAAGAACAGCUUCGUAAACUAGAAUCAGAGGUGAAUAGCGUGCAGACUUCCAUUAGAACUUCACAAAACAACGCUUCUAAAUACACCGACUCCCUGAAUAGAGAGAAAAGGAAAAUUGCGGACUUGGAGCGGGAGAUACAAAAUAUCGAUUCUGGUGUGGCGGAAUCCCGUCGCGCGGAGCUGGAGAGUACAGCGGAGCGCGCGACGCAGGCCGCGGCGGCGACGCGCGCGCGGUACGACACCGCGCAGCACGAGGCCGCGCAGGCACGCGACCACGCCGCGCACGAACUGGCACUGGCGGAACAGGCCGACCAGCGCGCGCAGCGACAGCGCUCCACGCUACAACAAUUGAGGCAACAGCUCCGCGAGCUAGAGUCUAGCGGCAAUGACUCGCUGGCAGUGUACGGACCCAACAUGGUGGAGCUGGUGCAGAGAGUCAACGCCGCCGCCGCCAAGGGACAGUUCUCGCAGAAACCCAGGGGACCCGUCGGUGCAUAUCUAAAAGUGAAAGAGAAGAAAUGGGGCGGUGCCCUGGAGCACAUCAUCGGAGGAAGCAUUCAGUCUUUCUGUGUCAACACGCCUGAUGAUAUGAGGAAACUCUUUCAAAUAAUGGAACAGGUAUAUGGCUCCCGGCCCAAGCCGGGUGUGACGUGCAGUAGGUUCCUGAACCGCGUGCACGAUGUACGAGGCAGGCGCGUGCACGCGGGCAACUUCCGAUCCGCGCUGGACACGUUGGACGUGGCCGACCCCGUCAUUUCUAACUUCCUCAUUGAUAACAUCGGAUGUGAAAGUGUGCUGCUUGUACCUGAUCACGAGAAUGCAGUUAGUUUGGCGGACAAUGAGGCCAAUGUUCCGGAGAACUGCUCGAAGAUAGUGACCCUGGACUCCACGGAGUACCACCCCGCACCAAACUACAGGAGCUACGGUGGUUCCGGCAAGCAGAGUCGCUACCUACAUCUCAGCACUGCAGAGAGGAAAAAGCAAAUGGUAAGCGACAUAAAAGAUAAAGAAGCGACGUUGCAAGUUCUGGAGUCUGAAGCCGCUGAGCGGAGCCAACAGGCGAAGCUAGCGCGGGAACAGGAGCGGGCCGCCGGGCGCAAGCUGCAGGCCUUGCUGGGGGAACUGCACCGCGCGGACGAGGCCGCCCGCCUCGCCAGGGAGGCGCUCGGGCAACAACAAGCUCCGCAACAUGCUGUGCUCGUGGACGAGUUAAAUAUAUCAAAGGACAAGAUGGCCGGCUUGCAACGACAAGUGGACGAGUUUGCGAGCAAGGAGGCUGAGUAUCGACAGAAGUUGGACGAUUAUGACACGCACAUGAGGAAGCUUAAGAAACAGCUCGGAGAAGUCAAUGCUACUUGUAGAAGUACUAGGGAAGAGAUAGACAAGGAGCAGAUGAAGAUGGACCAAGGCGUGAUGGAGAGGAAGUCGUUCGAGCACCGUCUGCGUGAAGGCAGCAUCAAGAUGACGCAAGUAGAAGUCAUCCUCGAGGAGAAAUAUGCAAUCAUUAAGAAGAAAAUUGAAAUUGCUGAACGACUCUGUCCUAGGAUGCCAAAUCCUAGGGACAAAUUAACAGUGACGAAUCAGUUGAAGAAAUUAGAGGUGAAACUGAAGUCUAUACGGAGUGAUGCGGACGGACUGAGCGAGGCAGAAGUGACGGAGCGACUGGUCGACGUCAAGCGAAAAUACCAGCAGACCAGCAACGCCUUGAAACAUUUGAAGGAACUUCUUGACGUGUUGAACCCGACAACUGACCACCAUUUGAGAGACUGUGUGAAACGGCAGACCAGCGUCGUGAGGACAGUGGAACAUAUUUUUCAAGCAAUUCUUCUUGUUAGAGGGUACAGGGGUCACCUGGUAGUGGACCUGUCCCGCCACACGCUUGAGAUCCUGUGCUCGGGCCGCGAGGGCAACAACCGCGCGGCGUCGAGCACGUCCUCGCUGUCCGGCGGCGAGCGCUCCUACUCCACCGUCGCCUUCAUCAUGGCGCUCUGGGAGUGCGUCAGCCUGCCCUUCUGUUUUAUGGACGAGUUCGACGUUUUUAUGGAUAAUGUGAACAGGAAGGCAGUAAUGGAGAUGUUGAUUGAUCACGCAUUGAAGAAUACUAAGCGUCAGUACGUGUUUCUAACCCCACAGGACACAUCCAGUGUUACCUCCGGACCAAAGAUUAGCAUACAUUUAAUGGCAGACCCACGCCCUUAG